AAAAAAUAUCUCAACACCAAACCUCUCUCUGACUCCGAGUCUCGAGCCCGUCGCCGCCGCCGCCGCUCCAACCCGAUCCCGCCGCCCCACCUGCAGCCGCAUCUCUCCGCAGGCGUCAGACCCGCUCCCGGUACUCCCGGAAGCAACAAGAACUAGUUUUUCCCUCCUUGAUCCUCCCUGAGCAGCGAGUCCCAUCCCCAUCUCCCACCAAGAAACCCUAAGACUCCCUGCUAAGGGGCGAGGAGGCCAUGAGGGGGAAGAAGCCGGUGAAGGAGCUAAAGCUCGCCGUGCCGGCGCAGGAGACCCCCGUCGACAAGUUCCUGACGGCGAGUGGUACAUUCAAGGAUGGUGAACUGCGGCUUAAUCAAAGAGGCUUGCGGCUUAUCUCCGAGGAAAAUGGAGAUGAAAAUCAAUCAACAAACCUGAAGGUGGAAGAUGUACAGUUAUCAAUGGAUGAUCUUGAGAUGAUCCAAGUCAUUGGUAAAGGGAGUGGUGGUGUUGUCCAGCUAGUGCGGCACAAAUGGGUGGGGACAUUGUAUGCCUUGAAGGGUAUUCAAAUGAACAUUCAGGAGUCAGUGCGCAAACAAAUAGUGCAAGAGCUCAAAAUUAAUCAAGCAACACAGAGUCCACAUAUAGUUCUGUGCCAUCAAUCUUUUUACCACAAUGGUGUCAUAUAUCUUGUUCUUGAGUACAUGGAUCGUGGAUCUCUUGCGGACAUCAUUAAACAAGUGAAGACCAUUCUGGAGCCAUACCUUGCAGUACUUUGCAAGCAGGUCUUGGAGGGUUUAUUAUAUCUUCAUCAUGAAAGGCAUGUGAUUCACAGGGACAUAAAGCCGUCUAACUUGUUAGUCAACCGUAAAGGUGAAGUAAAGAUUACUGAUUUUGGGGUCAGUGCAGUGCUAGCAAGUUCAAUGGGUCAGCGGGAUACAUUUGUUGGAACCUACAACUAUAUGGCGCCUGAGAGGAUUAGUGGGAGCUCUUACGACUACAAGAGUGACAUAUGGAGUUUGGGACUAGUGAUACUUGAGUGUGCCAUUGGUCGGUUCCCUUAUAUACCUUCAGAAGGAGAAGGUUGGUUAAGCUUCUAUGAACUUCUUGAAGCAAUUGUUGAUCAGCCACCACCUUCUGCACCUGCAGAUCAGUUCUCUCCAGAAUUCUGCUCAUUUAUCUCCUCUUGCAUACAGAAGGACCCAGCAGAGAGGAUGUCUGCUUCAGAACUCUUGAAUCACCCUUUCAUCAAGAAGUUUGAGGGCAUGGAUUUAGACCUGCGGACUCUUGUGGAGAGCCUGGAACCUCCGAUGAACAUACCCGAGUAGAGUGCCAUUGCAAUGUAUUCAGUGUCACCGUGGUGGCCUUUUGAUAUCCGCACAUAUUUCUCCUGGACAGCGUGCAUCACGUUGCUAGACGCGAGAUGCUGUGUGUAUGUUUUUGACCGUGUCAAAAGAAAAUCUCAUGGAUCGUUGUGACACCCAAGUUUUUCUUGUGGCAGAGUAUUUCUCUUGAUAAGGCUCUCCAUCUAUAUAUAGCCCGUGGUGCAUCUUACAA